AUGGCCGACUCGGAGUCGGACGAAGAUAACGAUUUGAAGAAAGGAGAAAAAAGAAGACAAGACAGCAGUAAUGAAGAUUCUGAUGAAGAUUCAUACUCAGAAGAUGAUGCAGAUACAUCAGAUGAAAGCUUUGACGAGAAUAUGGUUGGCCUUUAUUCUUGUUUUAAUCAUCAGCUUUUGUGUACACUUGCAACCUCUCAAAAAACAAAAAAACACGUGAUUGUAUGAUAUGUACUGUUUCUUGGUCAUUUGAUAGGAGAUUCCUGUUGAAUUUGAAGCCUUUCCGCCAACAGAAGAAGAUUUCAAUGGGAUACGAUGUCUUUUGCAACAGGUGGGAUGAACUUUUUUUUAUGACCAUUAACUGUACUGUAAAAUAUAGCUUGUGGUUUGGAUGAAAAAUGCAAGCUACGUACAAAGCAAGGCUAAGGGUAUGAGAAAUUUACUUAAUCUGAGACACGGGUGACUGGUUAAUAUUAGUCUUUCUCAAGGAUGGUUGACCAUGACCCCUGAAGCCUCACCUCUUUGCAGACAUUGUUCUAUGUUUAUUAUUCAUAAUCUAAUGAUUAUGGUUUGUUUACAUUUCUUUUUUCAGUUAUUUCAAAAGAGUGCUGUUAAUCUUUCAAAGCUUUGCGAUCUGAUCAUUUCCCAACCAGAAGUUUCUACAGUUAUAAAGGUAUGUCAAUAAUAAUUUUCAAUGAAACUGUAAUAUUAUUAGAAUGAUGUUCAAAUCAUGAUUUUUUGUGAUCUAUAAUGUUACUUUGAUUUGAAAGGUUGUCAAUGAUGAAGAUCAAGAAAGCAAUGGUGAAAGUAAAGAUCAUGACGAGGAAACUCAUGAAUCAGAAGAAGAUGUGUAUGGUGUUACAACAGUAGUUAAUUUGAAAAAGCAUCAAGUGAGAGCAAAGAGCAUGAUGUGUUAUUGACCCUAUCUAACUUUGUUUUGACUACAACUUACGUUGUUUUGUUUCCUCUCUUCGCUCUUACAAAGGAUAAUGAUGCUGUUAGGGAGCUAAAAAAGUUUCUGUUAGAUAACUGUAAAGAGUCAGGAUCAAAAGAAACAAGAGAAGAGUUCACGGAGGUGAUGGAAGGACAACAUGCCAUUGGAUUCCUCAUUAAUGAACGCUUCAUUAAUAUCCCACCACAGAUUGCCGUACCCGUCUACAAAACAUUAAGGUAAGAACUUUCUUUAUUUCAGGGGGGGUGAUACCCUAGGUAGCAGAGUUUUUUUUUUCUCGUGUGCAGCUGGAUGCUUCGGUAUUGGCCAUAGGCCAACAGACCUUUGGUGGAUAAAAAAAAUCAUUAUUAAUAGGACUUUUUGGAUACUUGCUGAUCUCACUUGAUUAAAUCGCACGCACAGUCCAGCAAUGUCAGUAAAGCUGUAACGACAACAAUAUUCUAUUCCCAGUCUACAAGACUUGUCAGUUGUUUGCCUUGUGGUCGCCCAUUUUUUUUAAUUCUUGCUGAUACGUUCUGUCAGUACUGUUUCAAAACUUUCAGCAUCGCAAGAACACAGUACAUUGUCAACUAUUCUUGUCUAUCAAUGAAUUAUAACAUCUGUACGAUUCAAAGUCCCUUAGGUUGUCAUUAGGAUCUAAUCAGAUAUUGUGUCCAAAAUCUGGACCAUAGUGAUUUAACUGUGCUUACAACUGGCUUAGGCCCGGUUCAGGCGCCAAACUUUUCAUGAGCCAAACCUAAUACAUUGUAUUAAGUUCAUGAAAUCAUCAAUUAGGAACACCUGUUUCAAUUUGGAAUGGCUCAGCCGCUCUUUUUGCCUAGCCUGACUGGGAAUUUCGCCUUUGGAGCAACUUUAGAACGGCUUUGAUUCAGAUGCCGAACUUUUCAUGUACCGAACCUAAUGCAUAAAAUAUUAUAAUGUAUUUCGUAAGCAGUUUGACCCAAAUGAGCAUUUUUCGCCUUUUGAAUUCGAACUUACAUGAAGUUCAGCUGCAAUUGAGAUCAGCGUCUGAAUCAAUUCAGCCGGUUUAUAAUUAUGUAAAUAAAAUGGGUCAGCCUUAAUUCAAAUUAGGUGCGGCUCAUGAAAAGUUAGGUGUCUGAACUGGGCCUUAGUGCUAUCAAAGCGAUAGCGCUCUGGUCUCAGGGGCUUUUUGCGUGGGUCACCAGAAAGACUUGUCCAAAACCAGAAACCUUACAUGAAAAGUCACGCACCCAGGGUAACUUGAGACAGCUUAAGGAUGACUAAGAUUAUUAAAAACUACAUGUAACUGAACUAAAAAUACUGUUGAAUGAACUAAUGGUAUGACUCUUUCUCUAGUCUGUGUAAAGGACGUGGUCAGUCUGUAAAGAAUGCUUUUAUUAAUCACAAAUAAAAAGAUGAUAAAGUGGUGUUUAAGGUCAACCCAAAAUUUCCCUCCAAAGAUUGUUAAAAAGAAGUAUUUUGAGUUGCCAGAUCCUUGAAUCAUGCUAAUUUGCUGGUUGGCCUACCAGUGUAACCUCAUUCUCUCCAACAUUGAAGUGGUAGGAAGCUGCUAGGAAAGAAUGUUUAACCCCUUAAGCCCCAAUAUCCACAUACGAAUUCUCCAAACUGAUCUCUAUACAUUUCCUUAAAGAAUGCGUUGAGAGAAUUUGAUAAAAGACCAAAACAUUUCUCUUAGGUGAUCAUUUUAUUAAUUCUCAUAACCUAAUCUCUUGACAGUCUAAGGAUAUGGUUAGGAGAAAAUUGAUGUUGGUCACCACUGGGACUUAAAGGGUUAACAAAAAAGUGGUUUGACCAUCUUUGGUUGUUGUAUUUCAUCUCUUUAAGCCAGUGCUGACUGCAUUGCUGAUUGUUCAGACUUUCAUAGCACUAGCUUCCAUCCAACUUCACAUUUAAGUGUUUGGAGUUCAGGUAUCUAAUGGAUACUUUUUGUUUUCUUAGAUCUGAACUGAAGAAGGUCCAUAAAAAGGUAUGUGUUUUUAGCCUUGGAUACAACUGCAUGUAUAUACAUUGUCAAGUACAUGUGUGCUUUAUCAUGCAUCUGUUUACAACAGUAGAGCCAAACCUAAUUCUUUUGACCCUCUAAACAAUAAAUUACAAAAGCCUCUCUUUCAUAGACAGUUCUCUUGGUUGUGAUGAUACCAAACUCCAUACUAUUCCUGUCUCUUUCAUACACAUCACUUUAAAAUAAAAAGGAGAGAUAUAUGUGUUUUUGACCAAGCGUGAGGUCAAGAUGGCUGUAUAUUGGCCAAGUUCUUGACCUAAUAGGCUUGGUCAAUAGAGGAUUUAUUAUCUGGCCAAAAAGGGACCAAUGCAGGAAAUCUUGAGCGGGCAAGAUGGGCCCAUCGUGGCUGCGCAGGUAGCCUAUCAGAAAAGAAUGCAGGAUUCACUUCAUCUUGCCUGCUCGCAGAUUCAGCCAUAUAACUAGAAAUAUGUGUAUCGCAGAAUCUCGCAAAGCUCUGGGGAGGCCCUUAAAAUGUCAGGGAUGGGAAGGCGGGAGAGAAAUGGAGUAAAUAGUGUAACUGGGGAAGGCAGGUUUCAACACUGAUUCUAAUACUGGAAGGUGAGAUGUACUUAAUCUCCUUUUGGUUGGAGUGAAUUUGAACCGAGUGCUCUGGCUUUAAAAAAAACCUUCUGGGAUUUAAAUGGGGUUGCUGUUGUCAAGGAAGGGUUGCCAAUGUUUUGUAGGUCCUGUGUUUACCCCAUUUGACCCUCCUACAUGUGUAAUAAUAUUAUAGUCAGCCAUGUAAUAAACACUCUGUCCUUUUUGUGUUACCUCCAGUGUGUCACUAUAUUACAUAUCCUUUUUUUUUUUUUUUUUUUUUUUUUUUUUUUUUUUUUUUUUUUUUUUUUUCUCUUUUUUUUCUUCAUUUUUUUUUUUUCUUUUUUUUUUUUUAUAUUUAACUUCUCUUUUUUUUUUUUCAUAUAUAUCGAUUUUAGCUUAACCUUUUUAUAUUUUAAUUGUAUUAUAUAAUAUACAUCUCGUAAUUAGGACCUCUAUGUAAACCACUCUUGUGAUGGAGCAUCCUAUUAAAAGAUUGUUUAUCCUUUUUUACUUACCUCAAAAUAAAAUAAUUAUUAAUGUUCUAGGGUCAGGAUACACCUCUUUCUUAUUUCAUAAUACUGUGCAAGACAUACAAAGAUAUCGAAACAAAAACAAACAAAAAAGGAAAAAAGGCUAAGAAGCCCAAAGUUCAGGAGACAACAAAGUCCCUGGAUUUUAUCAAUGUUGAAGAUGAAAUGUUUCUUAAGGUAAGAAUCAAUUAGGGCGACUAUCAAGAUAACAAUAUCUGUAUGUGCAAAGAGAUUAUUAUUGAGAUGAUCUGAAGGGAAACAAAAAUAUUAUACUUUGAGUUAGCGGGAGUUUCAAGUUAUUGAGGGUUUGAGUUACCAUGGAUAAAAUUACAGUAAAAGUAUGAGGGAAAUUGAUUUUGGUUUGAGUUAGCGUGAGGUUCUAGUUAGCAAGGGUUUGAGUUAUCGUGACUCAACUGUAGGUCAUUCUGCUGGCUUCAACCUACAUAUUUCUUGGGCGGCUCUUCUGUUAUGCCCAGACCAAUCUGCCCCCCAAAAUUUAUAGUUACAAGAACUUUAUGUGUGAAGAUGUCAUAUUAUCAGGGGCACCCAACGAGAGUAUAGUUCAAAACCACAUAAACAUAGCAUUGUUGAACAUACUUUAGUAUUUAAACGGUAGAUAAAGGCUUAUUUUUAUCCCCUAAAAAUUUUUUAUCUGUUUGGAUUUCCAGCUGAAAGUAUAGUGAUCCGAAAAUUAUAGGGAUCAAAAUUUACCUGUUUGAAAAUUUCAGCCAGAAAAAAGGCUCCCGAAAAUUCUAGGUGACGUUUUUAGGGUAAAAAUCCGUUAAAAAUGGGCAAUAAUACGAUUUUUUUGAAGUUCGAAAAAUCCUAGGAGAGGCAGGCAAGCAAGAAAUUUGUCAGAAAAUGAUCCGAAAAUUCUAGACCUCAAAUCGUCUUCCAAACAGAUAAUUUUCCGAACAUUGUCGUUGGGUGCCCCUGAUAUUAUGUUGGCACAUAUUUCGGAAUGCCUAUCACAGACACCAGGGAUUACAUAAAUAAUUGUGAAUAAGUAAAUGGAAGAUUAAACUCAGUAGUAUUGCCUGAGCUAAAAUCAGAUUUUCUUCAAUUCAACCAUUUCAAGAGAAACUCGGCCUUGAAAUGCAGACGUACAUCCUUUCUUCACUUCUCUUCCCUUUGGGUGGAGAGAAGCGCAUUAGCAGGCUAAAGAAGUAGACUUGCCACAAGUAGACUGCAUGAGUGCUGAAGGUGUGAGUAAUGCUCAACUGAUCACCUAACCAGCAGAAACUUGAAAUGGGCUUUGAGAAAGUCUAGCUAAAGCAAAUACAAACCAUAUUAAACGUGGGAGGCCAGUUGGCCAAUAAGUUAGCCAAUAAUUAAGUAGUGUUGGAAGUUCUGAAUCAGCAACCUGUUCACUGCAUGUACUUUUCUUCAUACUAAUUUGUUCUUCUUUUAUAUCAAGAGCUCACUUAAAACACCCUGUAACCAGAGUUAAGAUAGUAAGCGAGGUGGCAAAUAGACUGUUCAUAAUCCCCAUCUUAGAUGAGGGUCAAAUCUACUUUUAAAGAAAGAAGUGUUCAAAAUCUCAUUCUUGACUUUUCCAUCUUGUUUACAGGCAAGUCAGCUAUCUUUUAGUUUUGAAGCCAGCACAAGCUCUGAUGAAACUCUUGUAGGAGGCAAAUGGACAUCAGAUGAUUCAGAAUUAAAACCUUAUAGAACAGUUUUAGUUCUUUCUACUGACAAGUUUGAUGAAGCACUAGAAGGGAUACAUACAAUGCUUACUCAAUAAAAAAACACCACUAUAAUCUAGUGUGGUUUAUUAACUGUACUUUUAAACUGUGACCUUUGUGCUUACACAAUAAACUUGUGCAGCCAAACAGAGUACCAGAAGAAGAUUACAGGCUUGAUUGUGUUCAAACUGACCAAUGACCCAAUAUUGCAAACAGCAGGAUUUGAAAUUAUCCUGGUCAAACAUUUUGGUGCUCAUUUUGAAACAAGAACUGUAAGGAACUCGGUAGUUUUAUCUUUCAGGUGCUUUAUUUAUAAUUUCACAGGUGCACUUAUGAAUUUUAAUUCAUAAACAUAAGGGAUUUUUAAGUCAAUUUUAUAACUGGCACAGAUUUUAGUUUGUUUCUUUUGGAAAUUCCAAGAUUGCAAUGUAGAUUCUUAAUUUCACAUCAAGAACUCAAUCAUUGCAAUGAGAGAAGUCAAAUUCCUUAGACUGGAUUCUUCAAGAACUGGCAGGAACAUGACAGGCUCAAAUUUCCAUUGGUAAAAAAAAUCAUGGAUCAUAACCUUGUGAUAAUAUUUAUAUUUUCUUGGAUAGUACAUUGUAUCUUUUACUGAGCUACAAAGGACCACUUUUGGAGUAGCAAGUACAACAUGCAAAUUUUGUAAGGC